GCCCCGGGAAGAGGCCCCGCGAAGAGGGCGCGCGAGCGCAGGCGGGAAGCGGUCGCGGGGAGCCAGCGCGCGGCGGCAUCGGCUGGGUCGCUCUAAGCCAGGUAACAAUGGCAGGUGAAGACUGUGUAAGAAAACGCCAGUCUGGCUCCACUACAACUUGCAAGACCCCUGACAAUGAAGAAAAGCAGAGGAGACAGGAGAGUGAGAGGUCAUUUCAAAACUCAAGCAAUGGCUGGGUUGAUGUCGACCAUGUGAUAACAAGGAAAAUGCAGCUCAUAGCAGAAGCUGAGCAGUUGAAGCCAGUUUUCAUGAAGGAGGUGGACAGCCACUUCACAGAGUUUGUGAACAGUUUGGUGGCAAAAUCGGCACUCUUGGAUUCCUCAUCUUCAGCCUCCCUCUUCCCAGCUUCCAGCUCAGAAAAGGAACUGUACAAAGCCAAGACCUUGAGGGCCCCUCCAGAACAUGGGAAGAUCUUUACUGCCAGAAGGUCCUUAUUGGAUGAGCUGUUUGAAGUGAGUCACAUCAGGACAAUCUACCACAUGUUCAUCGCUCUUCUCAUCGUCUUCAUCCUCAGCACACUUCUAGUAGACUUCAUUGAUGAAGGAAGGCUGGUCCUAGGAUUUGAUCUCUUGGUCUUUGUUUUUGGAAAGUUCCCAGUUGUCUUCUGUACUUGGCUGUGCAUGUUCUGUGCCACCGUUAUCGUUCCGUACAACCUCUUCGUCUGGUGGGCCCAAGGCUACGGCAGGUCCUCCCACCGUGUGAUCUACUCUUUCUUCUAUGGAAUGUUGUUCACACUCUUCCAAACAGCUGGGCUUGGUUUUGGACCAACCUAUGUUGCUAUAUCAUACGCCCUGCCUCCAGCUUCCCGUUUCAUUGUAAUACUGGAACAGGUUCGUCUAGUUAUGAAGGCUCAUUCAUUCAUCCGGGAGAAUGUCCCCAGAGUCCUGUCCUCUGUAAAGGACAAAUCCAGCACAGUUCCUAUUCCCAGAAUUUCUCAGUACCUGUAUUUCCUCUUUGCUCCCACCCUCAUCUACAGAGACAGCUAUCCCAGGAAUCCCACGAUAAGAUGGGGUUAUGUCGCUACCAAGUUUGCACAGGUGCUUGGAUCACUUUUCUAUGCCUACUACAUCUUUGUGAGACUCUGCAUUCCUCAGUUCCGCAACAGCAGUCAAGAAACCUUCAAUCUUCGAGGGCUGGUCCUCUGCAUUUUCAAUUCUAUUCUGCCAGGUGUCCUGAUUCUCUUCCUGGUUUUCUUUGCCUUCCUUCACUGUUGGCUCAACGCAUUUGCUGAGAUGAUGCGCUUUGCAGACAGGAUGUUCUAUAAGGACUGGUGGAACUCCACUUCCUAUGCUAACUACUACCGAACCUGGAAUGUGGUAGUUCAUGACUGGCUCUAUUACUAUGCCUACAGGGACUUCCUUUGGUUUUUUGGUAAGAAGUUCAAGGCAGCAGCUAUGCUGUCUGUCUUCACAGUGUCAGCUGCUGUGCAUGAAUAUGUUCUGAGCAUCUGCUUCGGCUUCUUCUAUCCAGUUCUCUUUUGCUUGUUCAUGUGCUUUGGAAUGCUCUUCAACUUCAUCCUUAAUGACCGUCGGAAAGGGCCCAUCUGGAACGUGAUCAUGUGGACUUCCCUCUUCCUGGGCCAAGGUGUCAUCAUUUGCCUCUACAGCCAGGAGUGGUAUGCCCGCCAGUACUGCCCCACAGAAAAUCCUAUGUUCCUGGACUACUUAAAACCACGCUCAUGGUCGUGUCAUAUGAAGAUGUAGAAGUGCUAUGCUCUGGCUGUGACAUCACAGAUUAGAGUUGUCCUCCAAGCGUUGGGACCAACGUCUUAACUCCUCGUGGACUUUUUAUAAGGGAACUUGUGCCUCCUGAUUAUUGGGGAGAAGCUGUGUUUUGGGUUUUUUCUAAACAUUACUGAGGCAAACCAGUUGACCUGGAUUGCAGCAGGCUUCAUAGGCAGCAUCUAUUAUGUGCUGUUCCACUUCGAGCCAUUUCCAUGCCAGUAAAACAUUGAGCUGAAGGUGGAAUCUACUGGAAAUCCUACUCAUCCAGGGAUCCCCCGAAGUUGCUGCUCUCCUGGACAGCAGAUAGUCUAGUCAGAUUUGCUGAAAGCUCAUUGUUGGCAGCCGUCCAUCUUCCUGAGACAUCCCCUUGCAAUGUUUUCCUCCUUUUUGGUGAUGGAUGUCUACAAAACUUCUAUUUUUUUUUUUUUUUUUUUGGUGAUCCUGUCUGCUGCUGUGAUGCAGACAAGUGGCAGAGCAACAGGAUAUUUGCCUCCUUGCUCUGAAAAUAGCCAAAGUUAUUUCUUGAUGGCUCUGAACUGCAUUCAAUGUAUGUGGGCUGCCUGCAAAUUCAAAAUGAGCACAGGAAGAGGAGAGUGUCACUGGUGGCUGCAUUGGAAAGUGGGGUGCAGAAGCAGGGCACUGUGUGUGCAGUCUCUCUGUGAUUUUUAUUUUCACACUGAAAAUGUUAUCUCUGUAUUCAUGAAGUUCCCAGCUGAUUUAUAGUGGUUUUGUUCUCUGAAGGCCCUUGUGACUAGAGGAAUAGUUUUUCUUCUAGCUCUUCCUUUCUCUUGCUCCAGAUAAUCAAUUCUUUUGGCACAAUUAACUUGUAGAAGAGCUUUUGCUUUAAUUUGGCAAGGGCUUGAAGGUGUGCAAGUUGUUAAGGCUUUCUUUGGUGCAAAAGGUGCAAAAUACUACCACAGAGCACAUUCUCCUCUGAAGUGGCUGAAUCCAGUUCAGUAUUCCAUCACAUCUUGGUGCCUCUUGCCCACCUGAGUUAUGGCAGCUCCUAAUGCUGUCAAUGGGAAGUGAGGGUUGACCCAAUGACUGGAGCCAGAGCUACUUUUUCAUCUGCCUGUGUCUGCUCUGGUGUCAGUGGGGAUUUCAGGUGAAGACCAGUCUCCUAGGUGUUGCCCUCCUCUUUCUGGAGAGGUAGAACAUCCUCCUGCGCACUCUGCUGAAGGAAGCAUUUAUGUGACUUUGGUGUUUCAGUAUCUGUUUAUUGGGCAGAGCCCCAUCAGUUUCCUUGUUCUGUCAGAUGCUAAGCACAAAAGGGAACUUACAGUUUCUGGGUAUAUAUCUCUCCAGUUUAACUGGAGCUGCAGCUGCUGUGACUGGAGAGGGUGGGGAACCUGGUGGAGGUACCUUGACCUUGGUGCACAGGGCUUUGUGAAUUACUCAAAUGUUCUUUACUGGCCGUUUUUAGUAACAGCUUUUCCUACAGCCAAGUGUUGUAUACCAGCAGUAUUGGGGCUGUUGAUGGGCUUCCCUCCCAGCCCAUUUUAGACUGUCCUUUGGGCCUCUCGUUUUGCUAACCUAAGUGAAAACUAAUUUUGUGAAAGCUAGGUGAUACUUGAACUCUUCCAGGUUUUCAGUUCUGUGUAAGAAGGAAUCUUGCUCUUGCACUGUGUCAGGUCAAAUUUGCCAAAUAUGAUGCUUUCCUGUGUGGCUCUCCUCUGGAGACAUCUCCUGCUAAAACCUGUUGACAGCAACAGUUGAGAUAAUUGCAGAGAAAGGGCUUCAUGUGUGUACUCAAACCUGGCAGUAUUAGUGUAUAAAAUCCUGGGAAUAAUGUGGUUUGCUUUCAUCUCAUGCAGUUUGAUUAAUCCUACAUCUUUCACUGUACCUUUUGUAGGAGGAAAGGACAGAAUUGCUGGAGCAACUAAGCUUAAAAAAACCAAACACAAUACUCACCUCUUGGCCAAACAACUUUGUCACCUCCUUAGUACAGGAUGAAAUUCAUUCUGGUACUUCCUAGCUGUGGUGCUCAAAAUGCUCAUGUACAACUGUAACUGCUCUCAAAUAGGGUGUCAUGGAUUGGGUCUUGUCACCUUGAUGCCUGUGUCAGGUCUUGCUGCUCUCUGUGUUCUCAACAGGAAAUGAAAUCUUGGCACUUUGUGCUGAGUUUUGGUGUUUUCCUUGCAGCUGGCACUGCCCUAUUCCAAAUAAAGAAAAGAACAUCCAUCAGCAUUUACUGUGUCAGCAUCCUCAGUGUUUGAAGCCUGAGGGCUUGAGCAUCUGGCAAGCAGAAGGCAACCAGAGAGGGAUGUUCAGCUGCUGGAACUAGUCUUAGUUUUGGACAGGUUGAUGUUUCCAGCCUUGUAGAUCAAGGCAUCUGGCAUCUGUGCUGUCAGGGCAUUAACAAUUAGGAUUACUUUCAAUUCCAUGAGUGCUUUG